UUUCUUUUGUUGUCACGGGGUAGGAUUUGUACUUCCGGGUUGAUGGACGACCUUGAGGCUUCCAAAGCGAGAUGGCGGCUAUCCUGAGGCUGAGUGUCCUCUGCGGUGCCCAAGGAUCCCGAGGUCUGUUCCUUCGAACUCCAGUGGUCAAACCUGCUCAUGUCUCAGCAUUUCUCCAAGACCGACUUUCUCCAGGGUGGUAUGGAACACAGCACAUUCACCUGACACCAAGCCGUCAUUCUGGUUCUAAGGCUGCAUCUCUCCACUGGACUAGUGAAAGGAUAGUCAGUGUUUUGCUCCUGGGCCUGCUUCCAGCUGCAUAUUUGAAUCCUUGCUCUGCAGUGGACUACUCCCUGGCUGCAGCUCUCGCCCUCCACAGCCACUGGGGUCUUGGACAAGUUGUUACUGACUAUGUUCAUGGGGAUGGAUCACAGAAGGCUGCCAAGGCAGGCCUUUUGGCACUCUCAGCUUUAACCUUUGCUGGGCUUUGUUAUUUCAACUAUCAUGAUGUGGGUAUAUGCAAAGCUGUUGCCAUGCUGUGGAAGCUCUGAUCUUUUGGACUUAAUACCUUAAGAAUUAAUUGUAUGCCUCUUUGCCUCUGCUCUGUCAUGCCAUUCAGCUCAUAGUAAGCAAAAAAUAAUGGAUAAGUACAUCGAUCCUUAUCGCAUGGUUAUUUUCAAAAUUUAAGUUUGAGGAAAAGGUUUGCGAAGGAAUUGUAUCCAAGAAGUAGUGAGACUGAGUUCUGUAUUUUGGUGAGUUAAUGGGAUUGUCUCCCAACUCAAAAGACUCACAGUAUAACUAAAUAUUAUGUAUGAGCUUUUGCCUUUUAUCAAAUCUUUUAAGGAAAAUUCAGUUUAUUACUAUCAAUACAUGAUCAUACUUUUGUAUUUUUCCUGAGAAUAAUACAUGACUAUACUUUUGUAUUUUUCCUGGGAAUAAGAGACAAAGGGAAUGACUGUUAAUUCACGAGUAAAGACUUUGUGGAAAAUCAGAAAGUGUUUAAUGUUUGGAAAUGUCCCUGUCCAUUUGGUACCAGAUGAUGUUGAUGAUUUUUUUUUUAAUGAUGAUUAUUUUGUGUCCUAGAGAAACUUUAAAAUUAGAAAAUGCUGAUAUCUGUGUCACAGAUUUCUAAAUCCUAGAAAAGAAAGCUUGGAGAGCUUCUGAAUUUAGAGACCUAUUUAGGGAAGAGAUCCUGCGGAGGUAUAAGAAUAUUACAAAUUCCAACUGGCAUUAAUUCUGAAAUAUGUUUUACUUUUUUAAAAAUAAUCUGUCCUCAAAUACAAAACUGUAAGUAAAUUACUUUCCCAUUGUAGGAAUUGCUAAUGAGAAAAUGUAUUCUGUGAAAAGAGUCAUUUUUUUUUAAAUAAAAGGUUGU